UGCUGGCUCGAGCCCGCGCCGUCUCGUGCACGCAUUCGGCGUUCGAUCGUGCCUUCGAAAAAAAGUCGCGAGACGUGCAUGGAGCUCAGCACAGAGCCAUCGAAGCCACCGGCCCGGACGCCUGCCCAUAUAUCCGCAACCGAGAUGGAAGACCUGACUGAAGACGGCGGUGUCAUGAAAAAGAUCACGAAACCAGGGUCCGGGCCCGUUGUCACCCGACACGCUAUCGUGACGUUCCACUACAACGCCUAUGUCAAAUGUAGCUGGACCGAGCGGAUAGACUCAACGUGGAUGCGAAGUACUCCCCACUGCUGCAACCUGGAAGAAUUAGGAAUACUGGGGCUGCAGAUCGCUAUACAGAGCAUGCGACGGGGCGAAGAAUGUCACGUCAAGAUUGCGGCGGGUUAUGGAUUCGGAGCCCAGGGGUGCCUCCCUCGCAUCCCGCCGAACGCAACACUCCUUUAUGAGAUCACUUUGGUAGACUUCACCGAGACAGAGGACGACGGCGGCGCGGACAUCGACUCCCGACUAAUGGAUACCAACGCUCUCUUUGGGAUCUGUUGUCGGAAACAACGCAACGGCAGUCGUCUCUACGCGGCCGGCAACGUCCCCGCUGCGGAAAGUUGCUACGCGGCGGCCGCAAAGUUCCUGGAGUCAGCGCCAGUUCCGACCGAUGAUGAGAACAACAACAAAAGGCGCAGGCUGCUCGUUAAGCUUUAUUCAAAUCGAGCACAGUGCGCCUUGCGCAUGCAAAAUCCCAAGCUGGCCGUCAUGACCUCCCGGCGUGCCCUGCUGCUGGACCCAACAAACGUCAAGGCGCUUUACCGAUACGCUGUGGGACUGCGCAUGCUUGGCGAGUACAAGGAGGCACAUCAUGUGCAGCGCCGUUUGCUCGCUCUGAAGCCGCAGUCGGUGCACAUCAAGAAGGAGCUCCUGUUGCUGGAGGACGGCCCUGUCGAACUGGAGCAAGACUACGAAGACCCGUACGAGACUUCGGACGAGCUGAAUUUGAAAGAGGCGUUUCAGCGCUUGUCCAUCGAACAGGCCGUGGAACCGGUCACCAGGAACCUGAUUCGACAGGCCUUGGAAGCGCUUACUACGGCAGAGCCGGGCACCGAACUGUCUUUCGUGAAUAUCUUCAGCCGAGAAGACCUCGCUUACAUCAACAUGGUGUGUUGGGACCUAAAGCUUCCGUGCUACGACGUCCAGGGAGGCCUCAAAGCGCGCCGCCCUUUGUUGUGAGCUCGCUCCCCCCUUUGCACAGCCGGAUUUGUGUACCACAGGCACCGGCUCCACCAGCAGUACAUGGCAGCCGUGGUGCGUCUAAAUAAAACCGGCCGCCAAAAAGUGUCGUUUGUGUCCCCACGCGUAUACUGAACGCUUAUGUCAUGGACAAAUAGUGAAGCAUUUCAGUAUGUAACUCCAACUUCAGAGGGAUACCAAACCAAUUGACGAUCACGUUCGAGGAUGCACGCCACCCUGCUUGGUUAAAUUAGAAGGGGGUUAAAUUCGAUGUUUCGAAUAGAAAAGGAAUUUGGUGCACCAGCUAUUCGUAUUGGAAAAUUAGCUAUUCUGUAUUUUCUAAUAUAGAAACCAAAUAUUUCGCAACAAUGGACUGCUGGAAGUCGGGUUACAGAGCUCCGCCUGCCAAGCCAUCGCCACCUCUAUUUUUCUGGCUAAGCAAAGUGUCACGAAUGACCAAAAUUGAAGCGAAGGGGGGAGUUUUCGAAGCAAUGCCGAAAAGAAUUGAGUAAUGUAAGUUUUGUUUUUGGUUUCGCGUUGGACGUCUAUAGACUACCGGUGAGUUUUUUGUUCCGGAAAUAUACUGUUUCUUGCAGUGUA